AUGGGCAACACUCCUCACCGGAGAUCGUCAUCAUCAUCAUCAUCUUACUUUUCCGGCUGUAUCUCGCCGUCGUGCGUUCCAUCUCAUAAGCAGUACACACUCAUCAACGACGGCAAACACAUCAAUGGCUGUGAUCGAUGGCGUCGGAAGUGGAGAAAGCUGAUCAACACAGUGAUUCGAGAAAGCAAGAAGAGCAUCUAUGGAUCCCCAAAACCUUUGACAUUCCGGUACGACGCUGUUAGCUACUCGCAGAAUUUCGAUGAAGGAAUUCAUCGGUGUGAGUAUUACGAUCAGCACGGACGUCGAUGCUCAAUUGCUCACAGGUGA